GACUUCAGGGAAGAGAGCUCCACGUUGUAAUAGAGAUGGCGACCGCUAAGACUCUGACAGAGAACCACUUCACCUGUGUCAUCUGUUCUGAGGUGUUCACAGACCCAGCCACACUUCAGUGUCAUCAUACAUUCUGCAAGUCCUGUCUGCUGAAAUACACCUACACACAGCCGGAAGCAGCACAAGCCAGGUCCAUCCCAUGUCCCUCCUGUAGACAACUGACGAAUGUGACCAACCCUGACAGUCCAGUAGAGGAGUGGGUCAGUCAGCUGAAACCAAGCCAUGUCAUACAGGGGCUGAUGGACGACUUUGGACCCGACACAAAGGGUGUGGAGGAACACUUGUGCAGUGUUUGUACAAAACAAGGAAAGACAACUCCAGCCACUUCUUGGUGCUCUGUCUGCGAUGUUGUGUACUGUGAAGGAUGUCUCCAGUUGCACAACAUGAUGCCAUUGUUGUGUGACCAUGAAGUAGCUCACUUGUCUGAUAACACAAAAACAAAGGUCAAGCGUCGCUUUAUGUGUCAAGUCCACAGAGAUGAAAAGGUGAAUUUGUUCUGUAAAGACUGCAAGCAGGCAAUAUGCACGAUAUGCUGCAGUAUAAAACACAGGGCAUGUAAGGAUGUUGAUACAAUAGAGAGUAUGACCCCUCUUGUGAAGGAACAACUGACAAACAAAAUAGAGCAGCUCAGAAUCAACAUGGCAGCUACUAAUAAUAACAUAACCUGGAGAAAAUCUAGAAUUCAACAUGUGAUGAGUAAUUCCCAGGACAUUAAAGAUCAAGUCAUGAAGACACGGGAAACAGUGAUGUGUGCUAUUUUAAGAAAAGAGAAGCAACUCCUUGAUGCCAUCGACAAAGCUACUGAUGAACAAUUACGUGAGUUAAAAGCAGAUAUAAAAUCCCAGGAGAUCGAGCUACAGAUGUACCAGCAGCAGUAUGAGUUCACAGCCAAUGCUGUGACGUCCAACUGUGAGAUGGACAUGUAUGCUGUCUAUGAGUCGACGGGUGAGACUUCUACACAGAACAGAGACACGGACAACAGGCCAGCAGCAGGAAGGGUUGUAUUGACACACGACCUGGACAAGCUGAGUAAAGCAGUUGAUGAGCUACAGCUGGGGGAGGUUCAAGUCGUCCAUGGAGUGAGUGAUCCCGAGUCUUCUCCUGUUCUACAUCACACCACUGACUGCAAGGAAGAUGGGGACCGGAAGAAUCCUAGUUUGUAUGACUUCACAGUGUUGACUGCUGAUGGCGUGAAAGUGAUGGUAGUUGCAGAUUAUGAUAACAAGAGACUCAAAACAUAUUACACAUCAAACUUCAAAUCCUUUCAUAAUCAGCUCCUGUUAUCUAAUGGUCCUUGGCAAAUAGCCAAGUUAAGUGAGAGUCAGAUAGCUGUCAGCGUUCCAGACAGUAAGGAAAUAGUUACAGUUAAUGUUACCCCAGAUCCUGUAUUACUGUCAACUAUCAAAACAAGGAAGGAGUACUGGACUCUAGCCUGUCUGAGUCCUUCACAGCUGGCGGCAGGUACAUAUAGACAGCCUCACUCUGUGGACAUACUGGAAAUGAGAGGGAGGAUACUGAGGUCUAUCAACACGGGGGUGAUAAGGAGUCCAGAAUAUAUGCAUGUCACCAGAAACAACAACUUGCUAGUCAGUGAAAGAGACGUAAAAUCCCUUGUAUGUGUGACCAGUGAAGGAUACGCUGUUUUCACCUACACUCCCACAGGAGUCAGAGCUCUGACACGACCUCGGGGUGUUACAACAACCAGCACAGGAGAUAUCCUGCUUGUAGACAGACGCUCCCACAAGGUGAUUCAGCUGACAGAGUCGGGGCAGUUUGUCAGAGAUGUCCUCACACAACAGGAUGGUCUGAAAUAUCCUGAUGGUGUCUGUCUUGAUGCUGACGGCCUGCUGUAUGUUACGUCUGGGAGAUAUGUAAAAGUAUUCAAAUUCUGCCGGCGCUGAAUGUGGAAAUAGAAAUAACUUUGAUCUCCAAACACAGUUGAAUAUUUCAAAAGUUGAAUGCUGCUUUAGGUCCAGAUCGGAUCCAGUUCUUCCCUUACACACGUAGUCCAUCAUGUCAUUGAUUAAAUACAGGACGACCUAGCACCAGUAGUAGUCUGACCUGAUAGAAGUACUUCUCAAGUAGACCUAGCACCAGUAGGAGUCUGACCUGAUAGAAGUACUUCUCAAGUACAUUUGUGAAAGGACGCACAAUAACAGCACUGAAUGAGGACAACACUACACGAGAGAUCACGUGACCUAGACAGAUGAUAUUUGACAGUACUGUUGUUUCAUGUUGUUUAUAGAACAGUAUUGUUGUUUGAUGUUGUUCAUAGAACAGUAAUGUUGCGUUGUGUAGUGUACUAUAUAUCUGACGUGUGUUGUCAUGGAGAAACAUGUUCACAUAAUUGCGCAUGCUAUCGGCCUUUAGAUUAUCAGUUCGACAGCCCAUCUCCUAAUGUUUUAAAGGGGCGCUUAACUCUAAUAAAACACCACUAGCGUUCGGUGAUCUACAGCGGAUAUAAUAAUGUGUGGAUGCUGUGAGAACUCGUUGAGUUCUGUAAAUGUACUAAUUUGUAUCAGUUAUUUCUACUAUCUGUUGUGUUGAGUAGAGUAUAAUAGUAAUAACAUUUAUACUAAAUGAUUAUACAUAUAUGUUUAAAUAGUCUUUACAUAUACUAGUAUAUAAUCAAUUUGCCUUUAUUGCAUAUUCAGGAAACUAGGAUAUCAGCUAAGUAAGGAUGGAUGAACAACUUCUAUAUUACUUCGUACCCCAACUUCUAAAUGCCUCUCAAAGACGUCAUGAUAUCAGCUGACGAUUUUGCAUUUUGUCAGAAACAAGUGUUAGCAAGUUGUAUUGAACCUGUCACAAGAGCGGAGUUAACAGGACACACAACAAAAUUCAAGCAAGACUAUGUCAUCAACUUAUAUUUUGUCAUUUAAUCUUUAUAUUUCUAAUAACAUGACAUGUUAUAGGUAUGGAGAUAGAAAUGUUUUUCACACUAUGAAUGAGUGACAUAUUUCAUCCAUCCUUGUGUAUUCCAAUAGUUCGUGAUACAUUUGUAACUGCUAAACGUGUUGAGCUCUGUAUAUAAUAGUCAAAUGGACAGUAAAACAUUUUCAAGGGUAGAAGUUGCAAAUUUUUUGUCAUUUCACACUUUUUGACUGGUUGUCAAUCAUGUUGUUAGAUUGACAGGUGGCGAUAGGUUAAUUGAUAGAAAUACUAAUAUCACUUCUGUGGCUAAUUUAAUUGAUUGGAUAAUUUGCCUUGAUCUAUAUCCGUAUGUCAUUUGUAUUAAUAAAACUACUUUAU